CGGGAUGCUGCAAUCUGUUGCGCCGCCGCCCGCGGAAGCAGGCAGAUCCGGGUCUUGUGGCUAAGAGUGACGUGGUCAGUCGAAUCAAAACAGAGGAGGGGAGGAAGCAGCGGCCAGGAGCGGCGGCGGCAGCGACGACCGGAGCAGCUGCAGUGUUCCGGAAGCUUCAGGCGGUCUUUCUGCCGAGGCUUGGUCCCGGCCCCCAUCUUUCCCGCCCUAUCGGUUGUUGUCUGGGCGGUUCUGGAUUCUGGGAGGCCCGUGAUCAGGGUGCCGGCAGAUUCGGUGUCUGAUUUAAACAGUCAAGUUAAAUCAAGCUGGGUAAUCAUGGCAGAAGGUGGAUUCGAUCCCUGUGAAUGUGUUUGCUCUCAUGAACAUGCGAUGAGAAGGCUGAUCAAUCUGUUGAGGCAGUCCCAGUCCUACUGCACAGACACAGAAUGUCUUCAGGAAUUACCAGGACCCCCUAGUGAUAAUGGCAUCAGUAUUACCAUGAUCUUGAUGGCCUGGAUGGUUAUUGCAGUGAUCUUGUUUCUACUGAGACCUCCUAAUCUAAGAGGAUCCAACCUAACUGGAAAACCAACCAGUCCUCAUAAUGGACAGGAUCCACCAGCCCCUCCUGUGGACUAACUUUGUGGAUAUGGGAAGUAAAAAUAGUUAACACCUUGCACGACCAAAUGAACGAAGAUGACCAGAGUACUCUUAACCCCAUUAGAACUGUUUUUUCUUUUGCAUCUGCAGUAUGGGAUGGUAUUGUUUUCAUGAGCUUCUAGAAAUUUCACUUGCAAGCUUAUUUUUACUGCCUAUAUUAUCACCUUUCCUAUAUUUGAGUAAAUGAUACAUUAAAAAGUUACAUGGGGCUUUUUUGGUUUUCCUAAACUUAAACAUUCCAUUCAUUCUGUUUGUAACUGUGAUCAUACUUUUUGUGAUAAUUUCUGGGCUGAUUGAAGGAAAUUUGAGAUCUCUACAUUUAAAUAUUUUAAAAUAGUUUUGAUGGGUUUAAAGAUUUUUUUUAAUAAGGUAUUUAUAAAGUUAUUUGGGGUUAUCUGAGAUUGUAUGAAAGAAAAUUAGAACCACAUUGUAUUUACACUUAACCUUGGUAGUUUAUUUGUGGAUGGCAGUUUUCUCUAGUUCUUGGGACUGUGACAGCCUUUGGAAUAUUUUACAACUUACAGCUGAAAUCUGUAUCAUCCUCUACAACUGGCUUAUGUGCAAAGGAAAGGAGGAAAGAAGAAAUGAAGUAAUUGUUUGCUAAGUUUUUAUUCCCAUAAAAAUGUCUAAUUAAAGAAAACUUAAACAUGAUUUAAAUAUGGUAGAUGAUUUACAGUCCAUUAUAUGAAAUUUGUAAGCCACUGUACACUAGCCUUACACAGUUCAUGAAAGGAGGAAAAAAUUUAAUUCUUUCUGCAUUUGCCAGGUAUAAUCUAUACAGUAAUAAUUUAAGCUAUAAUUUAUUUUUGAAGUGGGUGCCUCUCAGGAAGCUGCUUUUCUGUUGUAAAACUUCCCUGUUAAAUGAAACUAUCUUAAAGCUGUAUUGGGGGCCUGUUUGGUUACUGAUAUUUGAAUGCUGUUUACUUAUUUACUCUGUUGUUUUCUUUGAAGAAAAAAUUUUGAGUCUUGUUAUCUUUCUGACUUUAAACAAUAUUUAAUGAAUUCUUGAUUUACUCCAAGGGAAAAGGAGGAAAAUGAGAAACAAUCAAGGAUCUUUUUUUUUCUCAACCUCUUUCUCAUUCUUGUUCGGUAAUAGGAUGGAUUGGGGUGGGGAGGAGCAUUAAUUUAAGUAAAAAUUUGAAAUGUGAAAAAGUGUAAAAGGUUGCAUUUUUUUUUUCAGUUUGAUAGAAAAUGAAUACAAAUGGCAUAAAAAAAUUCUGCAUGACCUGUGUGGUUAUGGAAUUUUUUCCUAGCAAGUGAUUGCAGAUGAUAUAUGGGGGCUAGAAGAUAUUUUGCUAUCAAUGUAAGGAUUUUCCCCCACUAGAUCAGUUUAGCUUUUCACUGUAUAGAUCUGAGAAAUUACUUGUAUGAAUUGAAUAAACUUCUCUAUAUCAUUGUACUGUUUAAUAGAGUCUCUGAUACAAUUAUGUGAUGCUCAUAGGGUAUUUUUUCCCCUUUAUUAUGAUUAUAUUCUAGGCUAUAAACACUGUAAGGGCUUCAUUUCAUUAUAUAAUCCAUUAUUGACUGCUUGCAUUCCUCCUGUGCAUCUUGGCUUUGUCCUCAACUUCUUGACAUAAUAUAACCUACUCUUAAUUACUUGUGUUAAUUGAGGGGUAUUGUAACACAGGUAGGUCAAAUCCUGGAUAAAUGAACACCAUAGAUUUAAGGGUUUUUCUCUCAAUAUGGCCUAUUGGAAGCCUUCCCAGCUCUAUAGCUCUUAAAGCAUUUAAAGCAGAGAGGCAGGAAUGGCUUAAGAUGGAGCUAAAUCCCUAUAAGCAUUCCUUUUUCUGUCCUUGCCCCUGAACUUUGAAGGCUAGCACAUAUCUCCUAACAAUCUGCUCUCUAAGCUGCUAGAAGGCUAGUCUCUGGAUAAGAUACUGAUGUGUUCACUGAAUCUGUGGCUCACAAAUAAUUAAGAAUUGACUUUGGUUGAAGAAGUGGAUAUGACAUGGAAACAGAAUGUCAAGCGUUAGCUAGAGACCUGGAAAUCUGGGUUCUUGUUCCUAGUUCUUCAUUUCUGUCACAUAUACUUAAUUGACAUUACAUUAGAAUAUUAACCUUUUCCUAUAUGGGCCACCUAUUUAAUUAGUAACAAAAGUUUUUAGUGAAGUAUUAAGUCUUGGUUUUUUUGCUUGUAAAAUUUCUCUGCACUCCUGACAAAGACAGUGUGCAAUAGCACAUAAAGUAUUUCUGUUAACCUAACUAGUAAUUCAUAUUAUUUUCUUUAAUUCCUAAAGCUUCUACAUGUGGCCUUUUUAUUGAGCACACUCUUACUCAUUACUUGGCUUGUAAACAUUCACCUGAACUGUGGCUACUGUCAUUUUUAAGUAAUCUGAAAAAAAGAAAGAUAAAGCUUCACAUUUUAAUCACUUUUGGCUGUUAAACAUUCCACAAAUGCCAUUAAGAGUUUAUUUUGUUUUAGAGUUAUUUAAUGUUCUUUUAUGCAAAAUAAUGUUUUUUUGCUUUCCACGUGGAAAAAGUUAACAUUGGAACUGUGUUUAGUAAAAGAUUUUAUCAUGUAUUUAUCCAAGCACUAUCCCAUGGUCAGCAAGUCAUAUUUUAAACUACUUGGAGAAAGUUUCAGAAGUAACUAUUAAAUACAGCUCUUCCAUGGUUACUUUUAGUGUCUUUGUCGUAUGCGAUAUUACAGUGUUUAUAGAAUUAUCUAUAUCUUACAUCUUCAAAGGAACCUCAGAAAUCUGUCACCCUGAAUCAAAGUCUGUCACUCUAAAUGAAUAUGUGCUAAAAUUUGACCAGCUCAGCUUAAGACACAGAACAGCAACUUGAAGGAGAAAUGGAGAGAAUUUAAGUUAAUGGGUUAAAUUUUUGUUGUUGCAAUAGUAGGUUUAGUCUUAACAUUAUAAUAUUUCUAAAUGAAAAGUCAUAUGUAUUUGUUACCAUGUCUGAUGAUUACUUUGUUAAAAGCAAAGGUGGUCAUAUGAUGUACCAAAUGUUAAUUGCCGUUUUUAAAUGUUUAAAUCAUGCCAAACAAAUCAUGUCUGUGCCAUCCAGGGUUUAUUGUAAUCUUUUACUGAGUACUUGGAUUGGGAUAAAGGGCUUGUACUAUGCACUUUUUAUUAAUGAAUAAAUAGAAAACAUUAGUAACACUCA